CCCGUGCCCGGCGCUGGGUCCAGCGGCCCCCAGACCCGGGCCUUCAUCAGUGCCUGGCGAUCGGAAUAUACUGUUCGAUUUCUCUGUGUGUGUGUGUGUGUGUGUGAGCGUGAGCGUGAGCGAACGUUCUACUAUCGUCGUGCAACAGUUGUGUGAAUCUGGGCAGAUGACGCCGUCGUCAUUGCGUGCUCCGGAGAAGGCCCUCUGCAGCUUCUAACGUGAUCCGUCGCGAUGGUUUUGGGCAGCGCGGGGAAGAAAUGCAUAACCAGGGGAGAUGCUGGCUCUCAAGGAACUAAAACGCAGUGCAUCAGCGUCCUUCCACUGCCUUGUUAACUUGCACUGAUUUGGACCCAAAGCUGGAAGACAGGAAUUUUCUUCUUCUCCCUGCACCUUGGCCAGUGGCCAACCUUAGUAGAACUCGUUAGAGAUUUGAUAAAGUAUCACCGCAAUGGUCAAGAUAUUGGAUAGAAAAAAGCUGAAUUCAGGAUGUUUGCCAGGACUAAUACGGCUGAUGUAAUACCUGUCCUUUCCUGCUCAAGAGGCUGGUUUAAUUGAUUUAUUUUCCCCGUAAGUGUGGAAGUCAGAAAGUCAAAGUUUCUCAUAAUAGGAAGUAACAGUUUGAGUAUUCCAGGACAGUAGCUGUUUGACUUCAAUUAUUCAACAUGCAGAGCAGACAAGGAUACUGCAGCUAUUGCUGUGUGCGCUACAAUAACCUGGAACAGCAUAUGUCCAGUGCUCAGCACAGAUACUUGACCACACAGAAUCGACAACGGAUGGGUACCACUAGUUUGAUGGAACGUUUCUUGCAGGAUGUACUCCGUCACCACCCAUAUCAUUCUCAAGAAAGCAGAUCAACACAAAAUGAGAGACUUCUUACAAAUACUGCGUCACCUCCUGAAGUGGUUCCUGUUGAUGAUUCUGUUUCUGAGGAAGCGACUGAGGAUGCUGCUGGAGUCAAAGGAGACAGCUCCACCAAGGGUUUUGAACCUAGUAAAGAGUUACAUUCUAGACCCAGUAAAUCUCAGGAAUAUAUACAGGGUGUUUCAGUUAGACCAUCAGUUAUUCAAAAACUGGAGAAGGGACAGCAGCAGCCCUUAGGGUUUGUUCAUAAAAUUGGAAGUGGUGUGAAGGAAUUUAAUCCAGUUGGGAUAGGUCAAGCUACACAUACUAGACGAAGCUUAAUAUGUCCCUCAGUGAUUUCUAGUGCUCCUUCUAGUUGUUUAGCUGGAAGUUCCUAUGAUAGACCAGUUACAACUAAACCUACUAAGUUACCAGCAGCAGCCAGUUCAGAGACAGUCAGAAAAUGUGACCCAAACAAAGCUGACAGAUACCUUGAACAGCCAGACAGGGGCUCUAGAAAUCCUGGGCUAUCGUCCAAUCUAGAAACGUCUUCAGUUUCUUAUCAGAAACCUAAAGAAUCGACUAGGAAAUCUUUAGGUAUAAGUUCAGAUAAAUUGAUCAUACAGGAAGAUAUAAAGUCUCAACGUAAAACUUUGUCAGCUGGCGCUAAAGGCCGUGACUUUGUGGGUAUGGAAGACUCCUUAAAGUCUGAAUCUCUUUCCAAAUUAGCUGUCAACCAAGCAAUCAGCCUGAAUAAAACUGGCAUGCCUUCUAAUAAAGGAGUCUUUGAAGAUGCUACUGCAAAGCACCGUGAGAAAUUCUUUUCUGGUAUGGGUCCUACCCAAGAGGAAAAGCAUUUGGUUUUUAAUAAGUCAGCCUUUUUGGAACAGAAGAGCUCAGUGAUUUCUGAAGUGAAGUUUGCUCGUGGCUCUCUUCAGUCAGUGUCCAAUCCACCCGAAGAGGCUGCACAAGACCUUUGGAAGGAGGAACAAAUUGACCAAGAAGAGAAAAACUAUGAAUCGAGAGCUUCUGAAAUGAGUUUUGACUGCAGUUCUCCAUUUCAAAAUUCACCUACUGACCAAUCUAAAGUGACUGCCAAAGAAAUAAACCUUUCAAAGGAAGCAUAUGCUGAUUUGCAGUGUAAGAAUAAUAAAUCUUAUGUUUCUGAAAUAAGUUCUGAUCGUGAUGGCUCCCUUCGGUUGGCUACCAACCGAGCUCAAGUAAUUGUUAAAGGUGUAAGUGUUCAGAAGGCAAAGCCUAUCAGCUUAGUUGAUGAAAGCUAUGAAUCUAGUGAUUCUGAGAUUAAUUAUGAUUGUGAUGCCUUACUUCAGUCAACUGAUGACUACCCCCAACAGCCUCCAAAAGAAGUAAGCCUUCCUAAGGAGGAACACAUUGACUUGGUUGAUAAGAACUAUGGAUCGAGUAGCUCCGAAGUAAGUACUGAUUGUGCUUUUCCUCUUCAGUCAGUGGGUGACCGACUCCCAGUGGCUGUCACAGAAGCAAAACUUCAGAAGGUUCACAUUGGCUUGGUUGAUAAGAACUAUGGUUCAAGUUGUUCUGAAACAAGUAUUGACAAUGAUGCUUCUCCUCAGUCAGCAGCUGACCAUCCCCACCUGGUUGUCAAAGAAAGAAACCUAAAGGAUAGACCGGUCUACCUGAAAGAUAAGAACCUUAAAAUCAGUAGCGCUAAAGCCCAUCUUGAUUUUGCUGUUUCCCUUGAAACAGUGAUUGACGAAUCUCAGAGGGCUGUUGAAGAAAUAAAUCUUCUGGAAGAGAAGAAUGAACCUGUGGAGAUGAACUAUGAUUCUCAUGGUUCUGAAUUGAGUUUUCACACUGACGCUCGAUUAGUGCCUGGCCAGUCCGGAGUAAUAGUUAAAAAAGUAAACCCUCGAGAAGUAGCUGUUGACCUGGAGAGUAAGAGUGUUAAAUCUAGCAAUUCUGAUCAAAGUUUUGAUUCUCGUGCUUCUCUUUAUCAGUCAACUAAUGAUCAACGUCAAGGGGCUCUGGGUGAAAUAAGUCUGAAAGAGCUAAAUGUUGACAUGGAAGUUAAGAGCUAUGGGUGCUCCAGUUCUGAGUUGACAUUUGAAUCUGAUCCCCCUGCUGUGUCCGGUACCGAGCAAUCUGAGAUGGACAUUGAAGAAAUAAGAAAAAGGCACAUUAAAUUGGAAGGUGAGCGCUCUGGGUCAAAUAGUUCUGGAAUAACUUUCGAUUCUGAUAUUCUUCUUCGCUCAGGAGGUGACCAACCUCACGUAGCUGUUUAUGUGGAGGAACCUAGUCACCUGGAAAAUAAGACUAAUACAUCUCGUGUUUCUGAAAUAACUUUCGAUUCUGAUAUACCUGUUCAUUCGGGAACUACUCAACCUGAACGAGCUGUUAAAGACAUAAUCAUUCAGAAAGAAGAAUAUAUACACUUAGGGAGGAAGAAUGAUGAACCCAGUGGUUCUGAAAUAAGUUUGGAUUUUUAUGUUCCUCCUCAUUCAGUUAUUGACCCUCCGGAAGUAGCUAUGCAAAAGCUAAAUCUUCAAAAAGAAGAGCAGAUAUACUUAGAAAAUAAGGACAAUGAACCUAGCGGUUCUGAAUUAAGUUUGGAUUAUGGUAUUUUUCAUUCAAUGACUGGCCAUUCUAAAGAUCCCAUUAAAGAAAUAAACCUUCAGGAAGAAGAGCACAUACAUUUAGAAAAUAAAGGUAAUGGGCCUAGUGUUUCUGAAAUCAGUUUGAAAUCUGACAUUUCUUAUCAUUUAAUGGCUGAUCAUCCUAACAUAGCUGUUAAAGAAAUAAGCCAUCAGAAGGAACACAUAAACUUACAAGAUAAGGAUAAUGCAUUAAAUGUGUAUGAAACAAGUUUGGAUCCUGGUGUCCACCUUCAUCGGUCAGUGACUCACAAGCCUGAAACAGCUGUUAAAGAAAUAUGGCUUCAAAAAGAAAGACAUGCUAAAUUCAAAAGUAAAAGUGCUAAAUUUACUGGUUCUGAAGCAGAUUCUGACAUCCCUCAUUAUUUAGUGACUGAACCUCAAAUAGCUGUCAAAGAAAUCAAUGUUCAGAAAGAAGAACAUGUUCUAGAAAAAAAGAGUGAUACAUAUAGUAGUUCUGGAAUAAUGUUUGAUUCUGACGUCCUUCCUCAGUUAAUGACUGAAACACCUCACAUUGCUAUUUUGAAGGAGGACCAUGUUGACCCAGUGGGUGAAAGUACUGGAUCUAGAGGCUUUGCAAUAAACUUGGAUAUUGGUGUCCCUCUUCAUUCAGUCAUUAGCCAACCUCCGCUAACCCUCAUGAAGGAAAAAAAUGUUCAUCUGGAAGACAAAAACAGUGAAUCUAGUCAUUGUAAAAUAAGGUAUGAUACUGGUGACCCUCUUCAGCUAUUGACUGGACAAUUUCAGGAAGUGGUUAAGAAAACAAACCUGAGGAAGGAAAGGAAAGUUGUAAUGAAAAAUAAAAUGGUUCAAACUAGAGGUUCUAAAUUAAUGCGUGGUUUUGGUGUUUCUCUGGUGGCUGAUCACCCUGAAGGGGCUGUUAAAAGAGGAAACCUUGAGAGUGAAGGUCAUGGGAACGUGGAAGAUAAGAACAGCCAGUGUAGUGGUUCUGAAAUGAGUUUGGAUUCUGAUUUCUUGGUUGAGUCAAUAAUUGAACAACCUCAAAUAACUAUUUUGGAUCAGGACCACAUUGAGCUAGAAGAUAAGCACAGUCAAUCUGGUGGUUCUGAAAUGAGUUUUGAUUCUGAGGAUCCUCUUCAGUCAGUGGCUGACCAGGUUAGAGAAACUGUUAAAGAAAUAAGCCUUUGGAAGGAUGAAGAUGUAGAAGAUAAGAGGGAUGAAUCCAAGGGUUUUGAAGUUAUGUAUGAUUCUAAUGUCCCUUUUCAAAAGUCAGUGGCUUCCCAAACGGAAGAAGUCAUUGAGGGGAUGAACCUUUGGAAGGAGCAUGUUGACUUGCAAGGGAAGGUUGUGGAACCUAGUGAUUCUAAAAUAAAUUUUGAUUCUGAUGAACCUCUUCAGUCUGUGGCUAAUGAAAUUCAAGAUGCUAUUGCAGAAAUAAAUCUUCUGAGGGAAGGACAUGUUUGUCUGGAUGAUAAGGGCUAUGAACCCAGUGAUUCUGAAAUAAUUUAUGUUUCAAAUGUCCCUCUUGAAUCAGUGGUUGAGCAACCACACAUUUUGGAAGGGGAACACGCCAAUUUGGAAGAUAAGAGCAAUGUUGUCUGUGGUCCUGAAAUAGCUUUUAUUUCUGAUGAUCACCUUCAGUCAGUGGCUGACCAGCUUCAAAAAUCUGUUAAAGAAGUCAGUCUUUGGAAGGAAGACCAUAUAUACCUGGAAGAUAAGAGCUAUAAACUAGGUGACUUCGAUGUAAGUUAUGAUUCUGAUGUUCCUGUUCACUUCGUGACUGAUCAGUCUCCUCUGGCAAUCAAAGAAAUCAACUUGCAAAAGAGGGGUCAUCAUGACCUAGGAGAUAAGAGCUGUGUACCUAGUGUUUCUGAAAUAAAAUGUGAUUCUGGUGUUCAUUUUCAGUUAGAAGUUGAUCAAUCUGAAGUGGUGUGCAAAGAAAUAGAUCUUCCGAAGGAAGGGCAUCUUGGCAUGGAAGUAAAGACCGGUGAACCUAGUGAUUCUGAAUUAAUGUGUGAGUCUGAUGUCCCUCUCGAAAUAGUGGUUAAUGAACUUCAAGUGUCAGUUAAAGAAGCAAAUCUUCGAAAGAUGCUAUUUGUGGAUCUGGUGACCAGUGAUAGUGACUGUGAAGUGAUUGCUGAGUCUGAUAUCCCUUUUCAGCAGGUGAUUGACACACCUCACGUGACUGUCAAAGAAAUCAACUGUAUAAAUACAGAAGGCUUUGAUCUAGAAGGUGAGUGCUGUGACUCCUAUGAUUCUGAAAUAGGAUAUGUAUGUGAAGCCUCUCCUCAGUCACUGGCAAACCAGUCCAAAGAGACUUUCAAAGUGGUAAACCAGAAGAAAGACUAUAUUAUUUUGCAGGAGUCAAGCUGUGAUGGUUCUGAAAUAAAUUUUCAAAUUGAUCCCCCAGAUCGGUCUGUGACUUACUCAUCACAAGGGUCUGAUAAAGAAAUGGUGAAAUACAUUGAUUCAGAAGAGAAGAGUUGUGGAUCUGAUAGCCCUAAAACAAAUUUUAAGUGGGAAGAGGAUUCUCAGCCAGUGGUUGACCAACUUCAGAAGGCCGACAAAGGAAUCAACGUUUGUCAAAGGAAAAAUCCAGAAACUACCAGCCGAAAAGAUAAGCACCAUGAACCUGUUUCGGCAGUGCCUCGUAAUGCCUCUCCUGGGUCGGCAGCCCAUCAAAGGUCUGGUAAAGGAAAACUUUUGAAGUUAAAACAUGCAGAUCCAGAAAGUAUGAGCUGUGAACCAUGCAGUUCCGGAAUGAGUUUCCAGUGUGAUCGUGCUCUCCAGUCUGAUGCUGACCAGCCUCAAGAGGCUGGCUCUAAAGCAGGACUAUUUAAGAAGAUGCCUCUGGAUGUGGAAGAAACAAACCCUGAUUCCCAUUCAAGCUCUAUUUUCGUGGUUGAUCCUGUAAGGAACCUGGACAAAGCAAAGGAGGUCGUAGAAGACAAUCCUGACGAACCGGUCCUUGAAGCCUUGCCUCAUGUCCCUCCUUCAUUUGUAGGGAAAACGUGGUCUCAAAUCAUGAGAGAAGAUGACAUGAAAAUUAAUGCUCUUGUGAAGGAAUUUAAGGAAGGUCGUUUCCACUGUUACUUUGAUGACGACUGUGAGACCAGGAAGAUAAAAAAAAAAAAUUUGAAUGAAGGAAAAAAGAUUACCUGGGCUGACGCAAGUCAGGACACCACAGCGAUUCAAGUUCUUUCAGAUUGUGACGAUAACGCAGGUGGCAUUUCAGAUACUGAUGACUUUUCAGUGGCCUUAGAUAAAUCUAGCCAUCAUUCUACAGUAAAGAGGCCUUAUUAUGAACAAUCAUGGCGAGUGGCUUCUCGAUGUCAGGCUGUAAAAGUCAGCCAUGGAACUCAAACCAAUCUCACAUGUCUGUCACAGACCAAAGGAAGUGAAGAGGAAGACUCCACGGGGAAGCGUUCGCUUUUACAGAAGGACAAAAAAUCAAAAAAGAAAGUGAAAAUCGGAACACUUGAAUUUCCUGAAACAUGUACUAAAGUUCUGAAGCCUUUGCAACCCAAUGCCUUAGUCUAUGUUAUUUCUUCAAAUAUGAAAUUUCAGGACAGUGAAUGCGCCAACUUUGCUAAAAAGUACCGCAGCUGCAGAAGUCGGGAUGUCAGCAUAGAGUACAAAUAUAAACGGCGUACCUUUAAUUAUUAUGACCCACUGAACAAGAAAAUUGUGAUUGAUCCUCCGCCCAGCCUGGAGGAGUUGGACAGAAAUAACUGGCUUAAUCUCAGCGACCUGAGCUCCAGCUCAGGCGAUGAAGAUGCUCAAGACGCUGACCCGACCGCCGUUUUGACGCUCCGAGACGAGCUGCUGGCCUACCCGGGCGCCCCGGUUUCCCCCGAGCCUGCGCCGAGGCCCGGGACCUCGGGCGUCGGCGCAGCUGCAAAGGGACGGGGCGCCCAGCUGCCGCCGUCGGCCCGCGCCGCGGCCGGGACCUCCUCACAGGCGGCGCCUCGCAAGUUCCUGGAAAGCAAACGGAAGACCCAGACCCAGAGGAGGUUGACGACGCCGCCUACUGCUAAUCCCGGUCUCCCCCAAAAGGUGUACAAACCCAUUACGCUCCACCCCAAACCCAGAACCGCCUCGGAAAAACGCCCCAUUUGGAUUCAGACCAAGCUAAGUGAUAUCAUUCAGAAGUACAUUUCAAAAUACUCUGCUUUUCUGCGUCGCAAGUAUCAGUCCAGGAGCGCGUUCGUGAGACUGCACCUUAAGAAGAAAACGGGCGACGUCACUAAGUUAAAGAAGGGAAAGAGCGCGGCCCCAACGCCUCCGGGCUCGUCCGGCCCGCCCGGUCCUUCCGGUCCGCCGGGUCCCUCGGUUCCGCCGGGUCCCUCGGUUGCCCCGGGUCCCUCGGUUCCGCGGGGUCCCUCGGUUCCGCCGGGUCCCUCGGUUGCCCCGGGUCCCUCGGUUCCGCCGGGUCCCUCGGUUGCCCUGGGUCCCUCGGUCACCCCGGGUCCCUCGGUUCCGCCGGGUCCCUCGGUCACCCCGGGUCCCUCGGUUCCGCCGGGUCCCUCGGUUCCGCGGGGUCCCUCGGUGGCGGUCGCUGCCUCCGGCUCUACUGCCAAGCCACCUGCGCAAGGUGCUUGCCCCCCGGCAGGAAAAAAGAGGAAUGGUGGUAAAAAACGCCCCAGGAAGAAACGCAGGCGGCUUUCCAGGCCCGUUAAGAUCUACGCUUUGAGAAGCUUGUACUCUCAGGUGCCCUACUCCGACAGGAUGAGGACUCGGCUCUCGGAGAAGCCGCGGGCGCCCGAGGCCACCUAGUGUGGGCGGCCGCCGGGCCAGCCCCGCCCCGCCCCGCCCCGCCCGCCCCGGUGGCUUGUGCACACCGCUUGCCCGGCUCUGGUGAAAAAACUACCCUUCGACUAUUUUGCUACAGACAUUAUUUUUCAGAACUUUUGUAAUUCAUUUAAAAUUCGUGUUUAAGGUCCUUUCUCCCCUCCCUCCCCCCGUUUUUGAAAGAUGCAGACGCAUCCUUGUCCGUUGGCUGUAGAAGAGCUUCAUCCUAAUUUAUACCCAUAACUCAGCACCCUACGUACACAUUUUUUCUCCCUCAAAUCAUGUCCCUCUUAUUUAUUUUUUUAUGACUGUAUCUCAUGUCAGCAGGUUGUCAUAUUGCAGAAACUGAAUGUGGCAAGCAUUAAAUGCUAUCUUAUUUUUACUUUCUAAAAAAUCGGAACAAACGAACCCGUGCCUCUGUGUUUUUCCGGAGUGGCGUUGUCCAUAUCGUACUCUAACUGGAUAACUAAAAAGGAGAAACUAGAAUAAAUUCGACUCUUGAGUGAGGUUGAUUGAAAUAAUCACGAACAACAUGUAAUCUACCUUUCUUUUUAAAAAAGCAUUCAAGAAAAUGAGAUUCCGUGAUCUUUAAUCGAGUUAAAAACAAAACAAAACAAAACAAAAGCCCGCCUGGGGAUUUUACAUACAAAAACACAAACUCCUUCUGCUUCAUUUAAAUUGGAUCUGCAAGUCUUUGACUUUCCUUAUUUGGACACACACACAUAAACGAUCUCUGUAGGUUUUUCUUUAGCAUUAUUAGAUCUUGAGGAGACCAUGAUCCUGCCAGUGUAAUUAUGUUUUCUACCACCUUUAUUCCCCUCCACCUGAAGCGUUGGUGGUUUAAUAUGAAAACCUGGGUUAUCCUUACGGCCUUACCUCUCAAAAGCAUUUCUGCCACCAUCGUGUCAUUUUUUUCCGUAAUAGCUUGCACUGAAAUCACUGGGGUGGUAAUUUGGGCAGACCGUUAAUUGUUGUCAUGAACGAAUUAUUUGUAAUCUUAAUAUUUCAAAAGAUCUAACAAAACCGUGAUAACCUAAGUGGAGGCCAGUUUUGCAAGGGAAACACUACAUAUCUGUGCAUUAGUUUGGCUUUCCUUAAACUUGCUAGCUGAUUUUAAGAGUCCAAACAAAAGACGUUAAGAUAAGCGGUUUGGGUCUGAGAUACUCAGAAUAUGUUUAGAUCCUUUAUCCAGGGGCACUGGUUGAGCUGGUUCAGACGCAUCCAGGUAUCCUGUUAAGACCAGGAUCCUGGACCCUUUCCUAUCGUUAAUGUUAAAGGAAACACGAAUUUCAACUCUAUUGUAUAAACCACAUUUUACUGAAACUAGAUCAGUGUACCAUGACUUCAGAGAUAAAAAUGUGUUACUUUAGAAUUAAUGAAAUAUAGUGUAACAGUUGGUGUCUAAAUGUAGUUUUAUUUCAGGGGCCGUUUUUAAGCUGUGGGUACGUUAUGAUGGUGUUCUGUUGUAAUUUCUUUACUUCUAAAUUUAGAACAGUAAUUCUGUUAAAAAAAAAAAGGACAAAUAUUUAUAUUUUUAGUUGCAGAGCAACUUCAACCUUGCCUCGUAUACAAACAUAUUUUAAUUCCCCCUCUUAAAAUAAUACUAUGGGCCACUAGUUUAAAAUAAUCCUCCAAUUUUAAUUUAGAAAGAAAACUGUCCUACUGAUUAGGAAGCUCACAAGCAGCUAAUAUACAAAAAUAUCCUAUUUGUGGAUAUUGGUGUCUUUUCCUAUGAAGUAGACACGGUAAUUUCCUUAAGUACUAUUAGUAGGCAUUCUGGAUGCUUUAGGUUUAAACUUAAAAGCAGGAGAUCAUAUGGAAAUGUACUCAGUGACGAUGAUCUAUUGUGAUUGCAUUAUGCAGAGAGGACAGUUCUUGUAAGUCAAAUGAUCAAAAGCAGUUAAAAAUUUUACUACUUUUUUCACAUUGGAGACUUCUAAAUACCAUGUUUUUGAGAGAAAAAGGGUUUAUAUUUAAAAUUUAUAUUACUAAAAAUAUCAAACUAUAAUACAGUCCUGAUUAUUUUUUUUAACAUUUUGGAGAUGUUUAUAAGUUCCUGUAGUCAUUAUUUUAGACAAGCUUGAAAACUUAAAAUUGUAAAAAUUAUAAUUUAAAUUAAAUUAGAAAUGAAUUACUUUCAGAAUUUGGUAGGAUACAAGAUAUGCCCCUUUGUCAAAAUAUAUUUUGGCUUAAUUUGCAGAUUAGAUGAAACAGUUGGAUGUUUUUUGUGUAUUCAAGAAUGCAUUAAAUUCUUUUAAUAGUGAAAAAUCAAGUUAUAACCACAGUGAAUAUUUUAUUAAUCUUGUCCUUGUUCAGUAUCUUGCAUAAAUUUUUAUUAUAAUUGUCCCAAGUUAUGCAGUGUGUGGACAAUAUUGUGUGAAGUGUGUUUUGCAUUUGUGCAUUUAAAUUAUUUGUGUAAUUAGGGCUCUGAGUGACACUUUUUGGUAAAGAGAAACUAUAUUUAAAUAUUCAAGCAAGUAUAUAUUUCCAUGUAAAGCUAAUGUGAAGACUAAUGUAUUUUUUAUAAUGCAGUUUAAAGAGUAAAUUUGUUUUCAAAGUUGCCAAGAUAAAAUUUAUCAAAUAUUGAAAUUUGUCUCUACUUUCUCCUCAUGUUAGGAAAGUUUUUCUGGGAAUACUUAAGGAAUCAGAGAAUAAUGAAAACGAGUUCAUUUUAUAAAUGGUCUUAGAGAUAAUAAAUAAGAGAAUAUAAAUGUUGAUGCUGGUGAGGAAAUAGUUUAACCAAAGAUAUACAGGUAUGUCCAUGGAAUACUUAUUUCAAAGGAUUAAAAUUAAACAACUAUUUAUUUGUCUGGUGGAGUAGUGGGUUAGCAACUUUUCACUUUGUAUACCUGUAUUGAAAGAGUCAAUGAACAGGACUGAGUUCAGGAGGCAGUAGAUACAUCAUUAUCUGACACCUGCUGGGAAGAGAGAACUCCAGAGCCUCCAGUAUCAUAGUGUAUGUUAUCAAGGACAAGAAAACAUGGAAAAAAGUAUACGUAUGUCACUGAGGUCGGGGCCUUUGGCCUCAAUAGUAUUGAUUGCUGGGUUUUUUUGGUCCAGGAUUAUAUUGCUAAGAUGUAACAACAGCCUACUCUUUGUGAGAAAAAAUUACCAAGGUAAAAAUAUGUGCCGGAUGUCCAUAUUCAAUAAAGGACUUUCUAUAUAGAAAUAAAAUGUGGAACAUACUGAAAAAUCAUGUAAUUAGGGAAUUAACACAUCAAAAUGUCAACUUGAGAAGAUGAGAGGCUGAGGAAGAGUCUCAACAUUUCCUUAAACUUUAUUUAGACCCCAAAUAUUAGAGAAAUAAUAUAGUAAGUUUCCGUUGUUCUUCUUAUACUUUAUAUGUAUAUUUAAAAAGUUCUCCCAAAAUAUUUUAAACUAUUUACCUUGAUUAAGAAAUAGGUCUAGGAUGAACUAUAAUUUGUUGCUGAAUCUUUAAAUAAGUAUGGACUUAUACUUUAUUUACAUUUAUAAUUUAUUAUAUGCAUGUUGUUUUUUACAUGCAUUUUAUUUUCUAAGUUUUUAAGCUGGACGUGUGUAUGUGUGUAUGUGUGUGUGUGUGUGUGUGUGUGUGUGCGCGCGUGUACAUCUUGAGCCCUUACUUACUAAGUGCCGGGCAUUGUUCUAAGCUUUUAACCUGUAUUAUCUCAUUUGAUCUUCAAAGAGCCCUUAUGAGUUAGGUACUGUGAUUGUCACUAAAUAGCUCUAUGCCUCAAUUUUGAGAUUACAAAUGAGUUGUUAUUUACUGUAAUCAAACGGGGAUUGCAGUUAAUCCCCAGUGCCAGGACACCACUAAUCUACUGUCUGUAUAGUUUAGCCUUUUCUGGACAUUUCAUGUAAAUGGCAUCAUACAAUAUGUGGUGUUUGUAUCUGGCUUCUUUCAUUUACUAUAGUGUGUUUGAGGGUCAUUCAUGUUGUAGCAUGUAUCAGUAUUUUGUUCCUUUUUAUUGCUGAAUAGUAUUUAUAAUUAGUUUUUAAUGAAGCUGGUAACAGAAUGCUGGUCUCCUGAUAAAUAUGAUAAAAAGCUGUUAGGCUCGAGGCUAGCUGUUCCUUUAUUACUCUCAUACCUGUUACCCUUGAUUAUUAUUACCCCAUUUCCAAAACCAACUGGAUAUCUGCCUUUUUAAGUGCCCUUAUCCCAUACUUGAAUGCUUUAUACUUCCUCUGUCUUUGACUCUUAACUCCCUUUACUGCUCAUCUUAGCAUUCUUUUCACUGUGCUUUGUGAAUUCUCAUUUUCAGUAUCAACACAUUACCCUGUGUUCUCCAUCUCUGCACAGUGGAUUGCUUGAAUGUAACCGAACUGAGAAUCACAUCCAAGUUAGCCGUUAUCCUAAUCUACAUGUGCUGUAGAGCCAGGAAGUGUUGGUGAUGGUACUGGUCAUGGUGAACAUUUUUCUUUAAAGUUACUCUUCUCCAUAACCCCAGUACACAUCAUCAAAGUCAACAUUGAUUGGUAUGGUAGAACUCUCUACUCCACAGACCUCAUUUGGAUUUUGCAGAUUGUUCCAAAAUUUCCUCUAAAGGUCCGGGAUUUGACCCAGGAUCACACACUGUCAUGACUGUUCAGUUUCCUUCUGUAUGGAGCAGUUCCUCAGCCUUUCUUUGUAUUUAAUAACUUGACAUUUUGAAGUGUACAAACCAGUUUCUUUGUGGAAUGUCCCUCAGUUUGAGUUUGUCUGGUGUUUCUUUAUAGUUAAUGCUUUGGGUGGGGGGGAGUGGGGCAGAAAUUCUGU